AUGGCAACGGCAACAGCAACGGCCCCUACCUUCACUCUGUUCCUCGGAACAUUUAUCCAUCUUCCCCGCAAACCAACUGGUGUGGACUCAGAUGCGAAAUGGAGACCUGAACUUGAGAUCAAUCACGGCGCGUUAUGGGUUUCGAAUAGCGACGGCAAGAUUGCGGGGUUUGACUGGUCUUUCUCACCAGGUGACGGCAACGUGAAGGCGUUGACGGACAAGUUGGGGCUGAGCGGAAAGGUCACGGAGGUGGUGCGCGCAAGGGAGGAGAGGAAUGAGUUUUUCUUCCCCGGGUUUAUCGAUACACACAUCCACGCCCCGCAAUACCCCAACUCGGGCAUCUUCGGCUCCUCAACUCUCCUCGACUGGCUUGAAACAUAUACCUUCCCCCUCGAAUCCUCCUUCAGCGACACCUCCAAAGCCCGCGCCGUCUACUCGCGCGUCAUCGCCCGCACCCUCGCAAACGGCACCACCUGCGCCUCCUACUUCGCCACCAUCCACGUCCCCGCCACCAACCUCCUCGCCUCCCUCUGCCACGCCCGCGGCCAGCGCGCCCUCAUCGGCCGCGUCUGCAUGGACAACCCCUCCUUCUGCCCGGACUACUAUCUCGACUCCUCGCCCGAAUCAUCCGUCACGAAAUCCAAGGAAACAAUCGCCCACAUCCAUUCCAUCGACCCAGACAGCACGCUUAUCAAACCCAUCCUCACCCCGCGCUUCGCGCCCACCUGCUCCCCGCCCGCCCUCCGCGGCCUCGCCCAGCUAGCGCAGUCCUACAAUCCCCCGCUCCACAUCCAAACCCACCUCUCCGAAAACACAGGCGAAAUAUCUCUCGUCCGCGAGCUAUUCCCCCAAAGCAAAGACUACACGUCUGUGUAUGAUGACUUCGGCCUCCUCACGCCGCGAACCAUUCUCGCGCACGCGGUGCAUUUAUCCCCGUCCGAGCGGGAACUGAUCGCCGCGCGAGGUGCAAAGGUAUCGCAUUGCCCUGCGUCGAACUCAGCGCUGGGGAGCGGGAUCUGCGCCGUGAGGAAGUUGCUAGAGGCUGGUGUGGAGGUUGGACUAGGGACCGAUGUGAGCGGCGGGUAUAAUUGUAGUGUGCUUGAGGCGGUGCGGCAGGGGUGUCUUGUUUCGAGGCUUCUACGGCAUAGCCGGACUGAUGAUACUGGUGAUGGGGACGAUGGUGAGGAGGUGCUGAGUGUAGAGGAGGGGCUGUACCUUGCUACGCGGGGCGGCGCGGCGGUUGUGGAUCUGGCGGGGGAGAUUGGGGGUUUUGAGGUGGGGAUGAGUUUUGAUGCGCAGAUGGUGAGGUUGGGUCAUACACAUUCGUCUCCGUCGCCGGCGGAGGCAGCGGCCGAGCACGGGGUUGUAGAUGUGUUUGGGUGGGAGUCGUGGACGGAAAAGGUGCAUAAAUGGGUGUGGACAGGGGAUGAUCGGAAUGUAAGGGCUGUUUGGGUCAGGGGGCGACUGGUUCACUCAUUGGAUGAAGGACAAUCACAAUUGGGUGUGAGCAGACCGCAGAGAAAGAAGGCUACGUGGACAGGGACAGGGAUGGGCUGGGAGUCGAGGUGGUGGUUGUGUGGCUUGGGAUUCGUGAGUGCUUGGUUUGUUUUUGAUAGAGUCAUGCGGUAA